AUGGAUAUGAUGGAAAGGCAACACGAGAAUACUUCUGAUGCAGACUCUGACUUGGAGGAGUUGGAGGAUGAUAUUGCCAAAUUUGACCAGACUGUGAGGAACUUUAUAAAUGAGCAACGCGACGAAGUUGUCCCGCCCUCGGCAAAUCGCUCUGGUCUACGUGGGAAGGGAACUCGAGGCCCGCGAAAAGCAGCCAAACCUAGAGGCGACAUCACAGCGCGACUGUCAAAGGUGAAUCAAGCUUUCUUGAGUGGUGACUACUCGCUAGCGCUGGACCUUGUAUUUGAAGUCAUCAGAAUCAAUGCAGAAACACAUCAAGCAUGGACAACCUUGGCUUCCAUCUUUGGCGAACAGGGCGAUAUGAGCAAGUCGCUAUCCGCAAUGGUUUACGCUGCCCACCUUCGCCCUAAAGAUGUCAACGGAUGGCUCCGGUGUGCAUCAUUCGCAUUGGAGAAUACUAGCGACGAUGAGGCCGGAAAUCUCAAUACCGCAAGACUUUGUUAUUCUGCCGCGCUACGCGCUGACCACACAAACCUGGACGCAAGAUUAGGCAAGGGUCUGGUCUGUCACAGGCAAGGUCAUCUUGCUGCUGCUAUUUCCGACUAUAAGGUUGUGUUGAAGCAUCGUCCUUACGACCUUGAAAUUGUCAGAAAGCUUGCAGAAGCCUGCGUUGAUAACAAACAAGCAGAAGCAGCUGUUCCGAGCGCAAUCGCAGCCUACAAGCGUUUCUUUGACCACGAGAAGAAAGAAACCAGCCUCGAGAGGAUAGAGUCACCGUGGACUGAUAUCGGAAUUUACGUGGAGUUGUUUGCUUCAACCGGCCGUUAUCAGGAUGCCAUCCAAGAGGCGAAGGCGCUGGCUAGAUGGGUUCUGGGACGAGAGUCCGAGGAGUACUGGAAUAAUUGGCACUCCGAUGACCGUGAGUGGGACAUGGAUGAUGAAAGACGAGCAGGUGUUCCAGAAUUCAGAGCUGGGCUCUGGAGCACCGACAUGUAUGGCCGGUCAUUUCCUUUGGACCUUCGUGCCCGUCUGGCGAUUUACAGAUUUCGACUUGGGGAUGAGGAAGAAGCCAUGAAACACCUGUGGUGGUUUGAUCCUGAGUCCGUCAUUACGAGAGAUUUCGCCAACGAGUUUCCCUUCUUGACUUUUGAUCUUGCAGAGGAAUUGGCUCAUCGUGGUCACACCCCAUUGGCGAUCUCGUACUACCACGUACUUCGCGACUUACCCGGCGAUGUUGAUGCAACAAUCCUCCUGCAGCUAGGACGAUGUCAUUCUGCUAUUGGCGAGAAUGCAACCGCCGAGGAGUAUUUUCUGGCUGCGAUUGAUGCUGAUGAAGACAACAUUGAUGCGCGUAUCGAACUGGCCAACAUGUAUGAAAAAGCAAGAGAGGAAGAAGAGGCUCUUAUCUUGGCAGCUGAAGCAAUGGCUCUUCGAGAGAUCCGGGACCGGGAUCACAACAAUGAAAGCGGCCAAGACUCAAGCACGGCAACUGAACAGCCCAGCCGCCGAGCUCCACGACGAACCCAAGCUGUUCCUCGAAGGACAGAUGCUUUUGGAAAGCGGCUCAUUACGAGACGCUACCGACCAAAGCGAUUAGCUGGUGCAGAAAAACGACGACAAGAGGAACAGGCGCGUGCCGUAAAGUUGGCAGAACAGUACGAGAUUGUCCAAGAUCUCCGGCAAAAGAUUAAAGGGGGUUGUCAAGAUUUGGUUCCAGAGUGGAUGGCGUCUUCAAAAGAACUUGUGGACGACUUCCGAUCAAUCAAGAAAUUCUAUACUUGGGAUAAGUAUUUGCAUUUCUUAGGACCAAAGAAUCACACGCAACAGCAAGAAGCAGGCCAACCACAGAACGAAUUGUCUCAGAUGUACGAGAGAUUAGCGAGAACCCUCGCACCUCAACCAGACAACGGAAAUGGAGAAGCAGGUUCUUCAGAUCUCGAGAGCCAUCGAGGUAUUUCAUUCAACAACUGGCUCGAUCUAUUUCUUGAUUAUGCCAUCGGUCUCGCUAUCGCACAUCGGCGGGACGAAGCUUAUCAAGUGUGUGAGGCUGCUCGAGAUUCAACUGCAUUCCAAGCUCCGGAGCACGGGUUUAUCAUUCAUAUUGCAUGGAGUGUUUGUGCUAUUUACACAAGCGAUGAGGAAAAGUGUAUCGCAACUGCUCGCCAGCUUAUGCGGGAUGGUGCAACCUCUGAUUCGUACCGCAUGUUUGCUCUCGUAUCAAACUUAUGCCAAUCUCCUGUGUCCUGGUACACAUCAGGACCGGCGCAAAAGUACAUUCUCCGUCAGAUCAAAGCCAUGGAUGAAGCCUAUGGCGAAAGCGAGUCCAACGAAGAUUUGACCAAGAAGAAAGAGCCAUCGCUGGAUGCCUGCGUGCUGAUGCUAUACGGGCAUAUUCUGUUUACUUCAACAAGUUAUACGUAUGCUCUAGGAUACUUUCUCCGAUCUCGGGCUUUGGAUCCCGACAAUCCCAUGGUGAAUCUAAGCCUUGGUCUGGCGUAUGUUCACUAUGGAUUGAAACGCCAAUCAACUAAUCGUCAGUACCUACUGCUGCAGGGCCAGUCAUUCUUGUCGCGUUAUGCCGAACUAGGCUCCUCAGGCUCUGUCCAAGACAGCAGUCAAAACAAGGCAGAGGCUUACUACAACUUGGGUCGCCUUUACCAGCUUCUUGGUAUAAACUACCUAGCUCUAGAGUACUACUCAAGAGCAAAGAAGGUAUUGCAGAGUCACAGGGGGCACGCAGACGCUCUAGGGGGACUUGAGAACAACAAGGCAUUGCCUUUGUUAAAAGGAAGGAUCAAGCUAUAG